UGGCCCCGUGCGCAGGUGCAGGAGGGGGCGUGGCCUCAGGACGUCCCCUUAGGUGCGGCCCCGCCCUCCCCUCAGGUGCGGGAGGCCCGAGGCGGCGGCGCCGCUCCCCGCCAUGGCGGCCCCCGGCGGGCUCGGCCGCUGCGUGGCCGCCUUCUGGCUGGCGUUGGCCUUCGACGCGCUGGGCCUGGCGGUGCUGCUGGCAGGCGUGUUCGCCGACGUGUUCUUCUCCGACCUGCUGAUCUACGCGGGCGGCAUCGGCAUCUUCCUCAGCCUCAUCUGGUGGGUGUUCUGGUACGCGGGCAACCUGGAGGUGCCUCUGGAGGAGCUGCGCGACGACGUGGGGCUGGCGCCGCCCAAGGUCCGCAGUGACAGCCUGCUGCGGCGGCUGGUUCACGGCUUCAGCCUCCGACUCUCCAACACCUUCGCUUCAGCGCCGCGCUCCCGCGCUGCCUCCGCCGCUGGCCUGGAGCUGCAGCGCGCCGGGGACCCGCGAGACCGCCCUGCCGACUCCGGCAGGAUCUGUUGAAGAUGCGACUAUUGAAGUUACUGCCUCUAAAAGUGGAGGAAAUGCUGCAAAUUAUGGAAAGAGAUUUCCCUGCUCAAUGCAGUAGGAUUCUCUCAUCAUAGAAUAAUCUCUGCAAACAUUGUGGACUCUCUAUAAAAUGGACAAAUAGAGCCAUAUCUCUGCCAAAUGCAUGUAUUUCAGCAUUGGACUGGAUAUGUUUUGAAAUGAUGGAAAAGCCCCACAA